AGUGCAGAAGGAGACCCGGAUGCGGAAGUGUAGUCCUGUGUGUUGUUGUGAGGGUUUGUGUACAAAUGACUCCUUAACGACCGCUGAUCCGAGGGUCCUGUGUGCAAAAGCAGCUCCCGGUCCAGUCUGCGGGUCUGUGGGGACGAAGAGGGGGCCAGAGUGAAGACAGCAGGCUUUGAAGGAGCGCGUUUGGACAAGAGGACGGUCAGUAGUGACAACGCGCUAAGUGCUAAAGCUAACGAGUGCCUGAAUGGGACAUUAUGAACUGGUGAUGGCAGCGACCACCGAGGGGAAGAAGGAAGAGGCUGACUACAAGAGGCUGCACAACUUCCCUCUGAUCAGGCACACAGACAUGCCAGAGGAGAUGCGGGUGGAGACGAUGGAGCUAUGUGUGACAGCCUGUGAAAAGUUUGCUACUAACAAUGAGAGCGCUGCAAAGAUGAUCAAAGAGUCCAUGGACAAAAAAUUUGGCAGCUCGUGGCACGUGGUCAUUGGUGAGGGCUUCGGCUUUGAGGUGACCCACGAGGUGAAGAACCUGCUGUACAUGUUCUUUGGAGGCAGUCUGGCUGUGUGUGUGUGGAAGUGCUCCUGAUGCCCCCCGGCACAGGCUGAGGCAGCACACAUGGACCUCCUAGCAUCUCGGUUGCUACCUUAUAAAACCCAAAGAGCGGAGGACAUGCCGUAUCUAGUAUCGGGAACGCCCAUGGUACCAGAGGACAGUUGAACGUGGUGUCAAGACAGACCCCAUACUUAGUGCUGCACAACUGAUCACAAAAUUAUUUCACAGAUUCUUUUUUUCAUAGAAUUUUAAAUAAAAAUCUGUUGUCACUUGAA